AAUUUGAUCCACGGAGGAAAUAUUUCCCAUUUUUAACUGAUAAAUACCUAAUCAACGUUAAGGCAAAGAAGCCUUUUUGACUCGUCGCAGGUUGAAAAGUCAUCAUGCUGGUCUCGAGAUUGGCAACAUUAGGCCGUGCCGUCCAAGUCCAGGCGCGCCGAAACUUUGGUGUGUCUGCCGCUGUACUGCAGAAGGCUGACCCAAUACAGAAGUUGUUUUUGGAUAAAAUUAAAGAAUACAAACAAAAGAAUAUGAUCAAGGAGGCAGCCGCAGACCCUGGCUUGCAGAGUGAAUUGGAGCGAGUAAAGGGAAUGUAUAAAGUGCAGAAAGGCGAAGACAUGACGACGCUGUCACUUCCAGAGUUCAACGAUAUUGUACUCGGACCCGUUGACCUGGGUGUGGUGUCUGAGGGUUCUGCAGAACAGCUUGAAUCGUGAAUUAUUAAUAAGAGUCGACCUUCCUUAUGAGCAGUUGUGAUAGCCACCUACAACUGUGAAAUACGAAAAAACAACACUUUCAGGAUGGAAGAAAAUUGUGCAGACACUAUGUUUUUGAUAUUCGGAAUUAAACAAAAGAAAAUAUGUGAUGGAUAUAUUGGUGUGAAUGUAGAUUAUUUCAAGUUUGAUUUGUAUAUAUAAUGAUCACUGGAUGUGUAUACAUGUAACUGAGGUAUGUUACAUUAAAAGUUCUGGUGUGAGGCGAUACAUAA